GCCUGGGCUGCAGUCCCACCCGGGAGCCGGCAGGGAGCGGAGCUGCGGAGCCGCCUGGUCUCCCGCGUCCAUCGGUCCAUUCCUGCGUCCUUCUGUCCGUCCGAACGCACACUUCAGGAGCAGCCGCGAGGAGUGAGCACUGCACGCAGGAUCCGCCCAGUGCUUGGGCCAAGCACCCUGUGGCAUCCAAGCUCCCCUGGACGUUACCCUUGGUGAACCAAGGUGGCAUGGCAGCGAGCACAGACAUCGCUGGGCUGGAGGAGAGCUUCCGCAAGUUUGCCAUCCACGGUGACCCCAAGGCCAGUGGGCAAGAGAUGAAUGGCAAGAACUGGGCCAAGCUGUGCAAGGACUGCAAGGUGGCUGAUGGAAAGUCCGUGACAGGGACCGAUGUGGACAUCGUCUUCUCCAAAGUCAAGGGGAAGUCUGCUCGGGUCAUCAACUAUGAGGAGUUCAAGAAGGCCCUGGAAGAGCUGGCAACCAAGCGAUUCAAGGGGAAGAGCAAGGAGGAGGCCUUUGAUGCCAUCUGCCAGCUGGUGGCAGGCAAAGAGCCAGCCAAUGUGGGUGUCACCAAAGCAAAAACAGGGGGUGCUGUAGACCGGCUGACGGACACCAGCAGAUACACGGGCUCCCACAAGGAGCGCUUCGACGAGAGCGGCAAGGGCAAGGGCAUUGCGGGACGGCAGGACAUCCUGGACGACAGUGGCUACGUGAGCGCCUACAAGAAUGCAGGCACCUACGAUGCCAAGGUGAAGAAGUGAGGCUUGGGAAGACCGCCCCGCCAAGUGCGGCUGCCCCUGCCAGAGGCUCAGGCCUGGGUCUAAGGGGCACGUGGAGCAAGAGAUCCUGGUCCCCUCCCUGCUGGACCUGCCACCCAGAGCUUCCUGCCUAGUCCCACCGGGCCGGCCCACCAGGCCUCUGACCCAGGCUGCUCUGCGGCCCCUUCCUCCUCCUCUUCCUGCUCCAACUUCUGUCCACCUGGGGACAGUCUGUGCCUGUAGCCUCAUGACCCCAACCCAGCCCCAGGCAUGGCUAACCCCUGCCUGCUUGCCUCAUAUUUAAGCUGCUGCUCUGGCCAAGUGCCUAAUUUUAACCCAGACCUCAAUAAAGACACCUUUUGUACCAAUA